AUGGCAGGGCGCGACUUCCGGGAACUGGGCGGAAUCUCCUCCGAGACGCUGGCCGUCCUGGACAAACUGGGAUUCCGCACGGCUACGCCCGUGCAAGAGGCCACCAUUCCUCUUUUUGCUGGCCACAAGGACGUGGCAGUGGACGCAUGCACCGGCUCGGGCAAGACUCUGGCCUUCCUGAUCCCUCUCAUCGAGAAGAUGAGGCGUCUCGAGGAGCCCCUGACGAUACAUCAGGUGGGUGCGGUGGUGGUGUCCCCGACGCGCGAGCUGGCGCGUCAGAUAUACAGCGUCGCCCAACCGUUCAUCGCAUCGGUGCCCUGGCUGAAGGCCGCCCUGCUUGUCGGAGGAAGCGACCCUGCCAACGACGUGGCCCAGCUGCGCGACGGCGGCAGCAACGUCCUGAUUGGCACGCCAGGGCGGCUGGACGACAUACGCCAGCGCUGCGCCGCCUGGCUGGAGGUCAAGACGGUGGAGAUCCUGGUGCUGGACGAGGCGGAUCGCCUGCUGGACAUGGGAUUCAAGGUCCAGCUGGACGCCAUCAUCUCCGCCCUCCCCCGCCAGCGAAGGACAGGCCUGUUCAGCGCCACGCAGACCGAGGCCGUCCAGGCCCUGGCGAGGGCGGGCCUGCGCAACGCCGUGCGCGUCAACGUCGCGGUGUCUCGCGCGGCCGCCGCCCCGCGGCCCGAUGUGGAGGGCGUCGCCGAGGCGGCGGGCUGGGAAGCGGAGCUCCAGAGGGAUGAGCUGGAGCAGCGGACGCCGGGCACGCUCUCCAUCUGCUACCACAUUGUGGAGGCCGUCGACAAGCUUGCUGUCCUGGCCCACUUCCUGCAGGCCCACCCCGACAGCAAGAUCAUCGUCUACUUCCUGACCUGCGCCUGCGUGGAUCACGCCCUGCUGGCGCUGGGCCUGCUGCCCGGCACGCGCGGCCUGGUCGUCAGCGCGCUGCACGGUCGCAUGAAGCAGGCGGCGCGAGAGGCGGUGCUGGAGGCCUACGCGGCCGCCACCACCGGCGUGCUGCUCUGCACCGACGUGGCGGCGCGCGGGCUGGACAUCCCCGACGUACACUGGAUCGUGCAGGCCGACCCGCCCCAGGACCCCGCCGCCUUCAUCCACCGGGUGGGGCGGACCGCACGCAUGGGCCGCUCAGGCGACGCGCUGCUGCUGCUUAUGCCGCAUGAGGAUUCCUACGUGGACUUCCUGGGGGUGCGCAAGGUGCCCCUCCGCCCCGCGACCCCGGCGGUGCUGGGUACCGCGGCCGCGGAUGGCGCCGCCACCAACGCGCGGCUGCGGGCCGCCGCGGAGGCCGACCGCGCUUUCAUGGAGGCCGGGGUCAAGGCCUUUGUGUCGUACGUGCGCGGGUACAAGGAGCACCACUGCCGCUACAUCUUCAGGAUACAGGAUGUCCCCUUGGGCCAGCUGGCGACCGCGUUUGGGCUGCUCAGGCUGCCUGGCAUGCCGGAGGUGAAGAAGGCGGGAAUCAGGUUGGCCGGCUUCGAGCCCUCCGCCAUAGAUGUGGACAGCAUCAAGUUCAAUGACAAGGCGCGGGAGAAGCAGCGGCAGGCACUGCUGAAGAAGCGGGAGGCGGAGGGGCCGCGGGAGUCCGCCAAGGCAGCCCACCGCGCGGCGCAGCAGGCCGCCCGCCAGGCGGCUGCUCGCCAGGCGACCGAGGCGGUGGGGGCGGGGGCACGGCUGACGGCCGCCAAGCGGCGUGCACUCGAGGCGGCGGAUGAGGCGGAGGAGUUGGCUACCGAGUACACCAUGCUGAAGAAGCUGCGGCGGGGAAAGAUCUCCCAGCACGAGUUCGAUGUUGUGCUGGGCAUGUCGGACGAUAGCGAUGCAGAGGUGAAGGAGAGUGUACCUGCCCCGGCCCCCAAGCGCAAGCUGGCGACGGCACUCCAGAAGCGAGCCGCGAAGCUCAAGCGCAAACAGAAGCGGAGGGCUGGCAGCAAGGGCGAGGCAUAG